GGGGCUGCCCGGCGAGCCAUGUCGCUCAGCCCCAAGCACACGACUCCUUUCUCCGUCUCCGACAUCCUGAGUCCCAUGGAGGAGACCUACAAGAAGUUCGGCGCCAUGGAGGGUAGCCUGGGUGCACCUUUGGGCGUGGGAGUGGGCGCCGCCGCCUACCGCCAGACCUCAAGUUCAGCCCUCCCGUCCCAGCAGCAGCAUCCCAUGGCAGGCCACAAUACUGCCGCCUAUCACCCCAUGGCCCACGCUGGGGUCUCGCAGUUCGCUCACGGUUCAGUGGCUGGCUAUUGCAACGGCGGGCUGGGCAACGUGGGCGACCUGGCGUCCUAUCCAGACAGCGUGCGCAGCAGCACAGCAGCCUCCGGCUGGUAUGGAGCCAACCCGGAUCCCCGGUACCCCACGAUUUCCAGGCUGAUGGGGCCCUCCGGGGCCAUGAACAUGGCCGGCAUGGGAGCUCUGUCAGGAAUCGCGGAGGCUGCCAAAUCCAUGGCCCCCGGUCUUCACGCCACUCCGCGGAGGAAAAGGAGGGUGCUUUUUUCGCAGGCCCAGGUCUAUGAACUGGAGAGGCGCUUCAAGCAGCAGAAGUAUCUUUCGGCGCCCGAGAGGGAGCACCUCGCCAGCCUAAUCCAUCUCACGCCCACCCAGGUGAAGAUCUGGUUUCAGAACCACCGCUACAAGAUGAAGCGGCAAGCCAAAGACAAGGCGGCUCAGCAGCUGCAACAGCAACAGCCACCGGAGGGACCCGGCCUGUGCCAGCCGCCGGCCCCAACACAAGCGGCAUCUCCGAGACGCGUGGCGGUGCCCGUCUUGGUCAAGGACGGCAAGCCCUGUCCGCACAGCGCAGCCGCCUCCGCCACCGGCCAAGCUUCCGGGGCCGGUGGCGGCAGCGGGGCAGGCGGGAGCGCUGCUCAGCAUCAGCACCCGCAAACGCAAGGGACCUCGCUGGGCCAAGCCCCGGACCUGGAGGAGAUGUCUCCGAGCCCCCCUUCCUUGCACGGCCAAGUGAGCUCUCUGGCACAGAUGGACGCGGCUGCUGUCGAUUAUAGCGGCGGCCUGGUCAAUGCCAGCUUGCUCUACGGGCGGACGUGGUAAUAAGCCCUCCUCCCCAGCGAAUCCUCGAGGUGGCUCUUCUUCCUUCUAGCAUCGCGUCCUGGAUCGACAGCUCCCCUGGCUUCUUUCCUUCCCCUUCGGGGUUCAACCUCGGCAGAAUUCUCCUUGCUAAAUUGAGCAUUUGCAGAGGAAAAAGGGCCUCUCUCCAGCCCACCCGCCUCCCUCAGCUGCUUUGGCCACCCGAAGCCAGUAGACACGGCGACCCACACGGGGCCUUCAAUGGCCAAGUGUACAAAAAACCAGGUGGGGAACGUUGUUAGGUGCUCUGUACAGUAGGUCCCUCUCCACAGCUUCAGGGAAAGGGGAAAGGCCCCCUUUCCUCCCAGACAAUCCCCGAAGUGGAGGGGGUAACUCAGAUGUCGGUUGGAGCAAGGUUUCCCUGCGCACCUAGCUAAGAAAGGCAACUAAACAAGAUCAACAACCGCCUCCUGAAGUGCAGCUUACUUCUGGUGAAUCAAACCGAACUACAAAUAAUGCUAAUAAUAAUUUUAACUGGGAACCCCUUAAGUGCAAUCUCAUUAUUACUGAUUGAGAGCUGAUUGAAUUGUAACUCAAGGUCGACUGGCGAACGUUAUCCGCCAUUUUCACAAAAGAGAAGGGGCGACAUUCGCAAAGAGGAGAAGGGAGGGGAGGAGACCUACUUGUAUCGUUGCACCCGGUAAUGAUAUUUUUUUUAAAAAAACCGUUGAAUCUCGGGUUCAGAUUUAAGAGAGGGAAAAAAUAACAAAGAUGUUAUUGUUAAGUAUUAUCUGGUAGGGAUUUGGU